AGCCCUCCGGGAUCCCCCCGGCAUCCCCCAGCUCUGCCCGGUGCCACACGUUCCCAGGUAAUGCCAGGCCCGGGGGCACACGGGGAUUGCCCUCCCAUCCCCAGGGAGUGGAAGGCUGCAGCUCGUGGGCACUGCUGUUUUCCUUCACUCCCUGGAAAAACACAACUCCUCCCUGCCCGGGGAGCUGCCUGGCUGCUCUUUGCCCGGGCAGGACCCAGGGCUUCAUGUGAUUUAGAAUUGGGAGUUUAUUGCAGUAACUCCUCUGGCGGGGAUUCUACCAUCAGGGCUGGCUGCUUUGCUGCAAAAAAAAAAAAAAAAAAAAAAAAAAAAAAAAAAAAAAAACUCCCCACAGAAUUAGAACUUGUUGCUGUUGAGCUCUGUGGCCUGGAAAGGGUUUGCUUGGGAAAAAUGCAAACAGGAGGCUGAAUAAGGAUCUGGGAGUGGGACCUGGAGUCAGGUGGUCAGUGUGAAACGUGGGGUAUGCAGAUAACUCCCUUUACUUCCAGGAAAAUGAAGUAGCUGUGAAGCUGGCAGUGCCUGGGAUGUCUUUAUUAGCUCCUUAAUUUCAUUGAUAUCCCAUGUGGGGAAGGGCUGGAAGGGGAAUCUGGUUCCUGACAGCUGAGAUCGGAUGGAGUUGUCUGCAGGGUGAGGGCAGGAGCUCAGCAGGGAGCAGCCAGUCUGCUUUUUGUCUCUGUGGUAAUUAAUUGUAAUUAACUGAGACAGCUCAGGCUGUUGAAUUCUGCCUGUGUCCUGUCCAAGAGGUGCUGCCAUCCUGGGGGAUCUGGUUUGUCACCUGGGCUUGUGUUCUUGACUCCCCUGGCUCUGGCAGAGUCCUCAGGGCAGCUCAGCCUUUGCAGAAUUCCUUUCUCUUGGUGUUCCUUGACUGUCAGGUUAAAGGAUCCCAGAGGAUCAAAACCCAAAUUCUUUUCCCUCACUUUGGACUGUUGUGCUGCUGACACCUCCCUGUUCCUUACGGAUCAGAAACCUUGGCUCCAGCCAGGUGCUUCCAGAAGUAAAAACUGAGUGAGUGUGAGCAGCUGAAUGUUUGAGGUGUUUUUCAUAGAAAACAGCUUUUUUUUUUUUUUUUUUUCAGUGGAGCUGGAGGGGCUGGAGCAGGGCAGGGAAGGCAGCAGAGUCAUCCCAUGCCCAGGAGAAUUUGGCUAAAAGCUAGUGAAAGCCUCUGGAUUUGUGGGGUUUCCCCUUCCUUAGAUGUUCCCAUUGCUGAAGCUGUUUGGUCACUCAUUUAUUCAGCAUUUCCUUUGCCCAGAAUGGGGAGUGUGGCUUUUUUUCAAAGAGGAUAAACCCAGUUUUGUUUCUUUAAAAUGUUUCUUGUGAGGCAAACUGCAGUGUUAGGGUUAACCCCUGGUGAACCCAGCCUUCCUUUCUGCUGCUGUCCUUUCUCUCCAAAGACUGAUGGGGAUUCCUCAAACCACAAUAGAUUUGGGGUUUCUGCUUUUCCCUCCAGCAUUCUUCUCUCCUUCACCCUGUGGGUUCUGUGCCUGCCUCUGUGUCACCCACCAAGUGUGUUUAUGCACUGAGUAUUUCAUGUCUGCUGCCUCCUGCCCUGUCCCUUUGAAUUCUGAGGGAAAUUGUGUCAGGAAUUAAUUCUCUCAUUUCACUGCUGCCCAGGUGUCUGGACCACAUAAAGCAUAAAGGUGAGGUAGCAGGAGGUGCAGGAAGAGAGUUCACAUAGCUCAUCCAGCUGUUAGCUCUGAUGAAACAACAAAAAAUAUAAAUCUUUCCUAACCCUACAGAUUUUUGGGAGUUUAAUGUCUCUUAGUUUUGGUAUCUCUUGGAAAGAUUGAAUGUAAGGCUCUCACUGAGCUGCCUGUGGUGUUUUCUUCCAGUAAGAGCAGCAUGAGAUCUCCCUGAUUAGGUUUAAAAUAUCUGGGUCACUUCCCAUUACCUGUGUUAAUUCCAUGCUCAGUUCUGGUACUGGGAGAGGAGGAGAUAAAUGUGUGUGGAAAGAUCAAACUGAGGUUUGUGCUAAUGGGUAUUGUGGGUGAGCCUUUCCUGGCAUUUUGGGUCCUGUUUGUGUGUGCAAACAAGAUUCCUUCUGUUUUCCACCCCUCACUGGGAUGGUGCAUCCAAAAGCCAAACAUUUGGACAGAGUUCCCCUCUCUCAGAUAAUCCUGAGAUUUGUGAGUCUGUUCAGGGAUUUAAAGAAUUUCUUGAAGAUUUUAAGGCUGAUAAACAUCAGGGGCAGCUCCUGGAUUUUGUAGCUGUAGGUUUUAUUCUCUUGCUUAUGAGAUUUGAGUGUCAGAUGGGGCUCAUUCCUCUUCCUGUAGCAGAUUUUCAAGGCAGGGCAACAGGAACAGAAGAUGGAUGUCUUGGAAAAGGAGGCUGGAGCCAAGGGGUUUGAUCUUUUCUCCCAGGUAAUAGGGGAUAGGACAAGAGGAAACACCCUCAAGCUGUGCCAGGGGAGGUUUAGGUUGGAUGUAGGGGAAGUUUCUCAUGGAAAGGGCUCCAUGGCUGAAGUGUGUCAGUGUGCCUUCAUCUCAAACAUUCUCUUCAAAAACAUUCCCACUUUUUCUCCCUAGGGGUGUCUGCACUCUUUUAGCCCUGCUUAACAAGUUGCUGGCUGGGAAUGUGGCACCUCUGAGGAUUUGGUUGUUAUCACCAGCUUUUGAGGUCUGUGCAGAGCAGAAGCAGCUUGGACAGCCAGAGCUCCAGUGCCUGGACUCUCCAGAUAAGAAAAUGAAGGAAAAUCAGAAGUCUAGGAUAAGAAAUGCUUUCUGAUCCUGUGUCUUAUCCAGAGAGACCACAUUUCAGUGCACUUCAAAGUGCUGUUAAAAUCCUGCUGGGUUUAGAUGUGGACCCCAGAAAUUCAUAAACAUGACAGGCAUUUAGACUGAGGCAUCAUCUCUUAAAACUUGUCAGGUUUUUCUCCUUGCUCUUUGCACUGAAGAGUUCUUACAGAUUUCCCUGGGAGAAAUCACCUUCUAAUCUCUAUCCUAAAAUUAAUCACGGUGGUUUCUCCUCCAUGCCAGCUGUGUCCUUCACAACAGCAGAGAUCUUCCUCCUCCUCCUCCUCAUUGUUUUGCCUGCUUUUUCUAGAACUGACCUAAUUACUGGAUUCCUCUGUUAUUGCUUCACUAACCAAGGUUAGUGAUUGCUGCAGUUCCAUCCAGGACUGGUGAAUUCAAACUGGGAAUGCCUGAGGGGGGCAAGACCUUCAGAGAUGAGGCUUUGCCACUGUUUUGCAUAGGAGUGUUGAGCACAGCCGUCUCUCCUGAAAUGGCUUUGCCUGGUAAAUCACAGAAUCAUGGAAUGGCUUGGGUUGGAAGGGACCUUAAAUCUCAUCCCAUUCCACCCCCUGCCAUGGGCAGAGACCCCUUCCACGAGCCCAGGCUGCUCCAAGCCCCAGUGUCCAGCCUGGCCUUGGGCACUGCCGGGGAUCCAGGGGCAGCCCCAGCUGCUCUGGGCACCCUGUGCCAGGGCCUGCCCACCCUCACAGGAUCCUGGUAUCUCCUUUGUGUCUCCUCAGGGCUGUGUCCUGCUGGGGUUUAGGACAGAGCAUCACAUCCAGGUCACCUUGUGCCCUCUCUACUGACUGCCAAGAUGUGGUGCCAGAGGCUGGCACGGCUGCUCCAGGGGUGCCAUGGGAGCUCUGGACAUCGCUGGCCAUGGCUGCCCCAGGCCCCCAGGCCCAUCCUGGCUGCUCCAGCUCGCUGCCACCCCACGGCCCCAGUGUCCCCCCACUGUGCCUGGCAGCUGCACCAGGACCAUCUCGAGCUGAGGUACGGGAGCACCGUGAUGCGCCUGGAUUUCGUGUGGCUGCGGGACCACUGCCGCUCUGCCUCCUGCUACAACGCCAAGACCAACCAGCGCAGCCUGGACACGGCCAGCGUGGACCUGGCCAUCCAGCCCCGGGCUGUGAGGGUGGAUGAGAGCACGCUCUUCCUCACCUGGCCGGAUGGACACGUGACACGCUACGGGCUGGAGUGGCUGGCAAAGAACAGCUACGAGGGGCAGAAGCAGCAGGUCAUGCACCCCCGGAUCCUCUGGAAUGCUGAGAUCUACCAGCAAGCCCAGGUGCCCUCCAUCGACUGCCGGCGCUUCCUGGAGACAGACGAGGGCCUGAAGGAAUUCCUGCAGAACUUCUUGUUGUAUGGGAUUGCUUUUGUGGAGAACGUCACUCCCACCAAAGAGGACACAGAAAUCUUGGCAAAGAGGAUCAGCAUAAUCAGGGAGACCAUUUAUGGCAGGAUGUGGUACUUCACCUCUGACUUCUCCCGGGGAGACACAGCCUACACCAAGCUGGCCCUGGACAGGCACACAGACACCACCUACUUCCAGGAGCCCUGUGGCAUCCAGGUGUUCCACUGCCUGAAGCACGAGGGCACGGGCGGGCGCACGCUGCUGGUGGACGGGUUCCAUGCAGCUGAGCAGGUGAGGCUGCAGGCCCCAGAGCACUUCGAGCUGCUGGCCAGGGUGCCCCUCAAACACGAGUACGUGGAGAACGUUGGCGACUGCCACAACCACAUGAUCGGAGUGGGGCCCGUGCUCAAUGUCUACCCCUGGAACAACGAGCUUUACCUCAUCAGGUACAACAACUACGACCGUGCAGUGAUUAACACCGUGCCGCACGCCGUGGUGCGCCGCUGGUACCAUGCCCACCGCGCCCUCACCGCCGAGCUGCGCCGGCCCCAAAACGAGCUCUGGGUCAAGCUGAAGCCAGGCAAGGCCCUGUUUGUGGAUAACUGGCGUGUCCUGCACGGCCGGGAGGCGUUCACGGGGUACCGGCAGCUCUGUGGCUGUUACCUGACCAGGGAUGACGUGCUGAACACUGCCCGCCUGCUGGGGCUGCAGGCCUAGCCCAGCCCUGCAGACAGCCAGGAGCCCCCAGGCCCACUUUUGGGAGAGACAGGAGCCUCCCAGUCCCACUGCCAGGAGAGCCAGGAGCUCCCAGUCCCAUUUCUGGGAGAGGCCAGCAGCCCCCAGUUGCCACCCCUGGGAGCAGCAGGAUCCCUCCCAGUCCCACCCCUGGGAGCACCAGGAGCCCCCAGCCCUGCUCCACACCAGGCCAGGUGAGCUGGUGCCUCCCCAGGUGCUCCAUGCCCUCUGUUCUGGUGCCUCACAAGGACACUGCAAUACCUCAGACACUUGCACUCCCUCCAAGCACCUCCCAGGGCCUGCUCAGGACAGGGGGCAGGUGGACACCAAAGGUUGUGGGAUUGUUUUUUGGGUCAUGCUCGGCCUUUGAGCACAGGCUGUCCAUGCUCCCAGCCAGGGUGGCUCAGUCGUGGUUAAUCCCACCAAGGGAAGUGCUCUUCCAAGCAAGUGCCUUCAGGAUUUAGAAGCUUUGUAUUAUUCCAUUUGGCCUUUUUUCAGUUUGAAGGGACUUCUAGCAGAGCAGAAUGGAAAUAUCUGGGGUCUUGUCUCUUACCACUGCUCCAAGCCAAGCUGCCUGAGAGGGAGCCUGUAGAGAUCCUGGUGUACUUCAGGAAUUUCUGAGAAGGUUUAGGUUUAGAGAAGGAAAAGGGAAGCAGCAAGAUCUGCAUGAUGAUGAUGAGGGAUGGAAUUCCCACUUUUCCUUGACUUCUGGCACUGGCAUGCUGCUGUUCCCUCUGCAUUUGUGUUGAGGGCUCAGCAGCCUCAGGAUUUCUGACAAACUUCCCACCGUGCCUCCUCUCCCAUCCUUUCUUAAGGAGCUGGUGGAUUUUUUUCCCAAAGUUGUCCCACGCUGAAUGUAACUCAGAGGUGCCUUUCAGUUCCUGUGGCACACUGGAGGGCCACAGGGCAAGGAGCAAAAGCAAAUCCUGCUGUUACAGAAUUUUUCCUUCUGCCAUAUCUCUUGGGCUGUUACAGAAUUUUUCCUUCUGCAAUAUGUCUUGGGCUGUUCCCUCUGCUCUGGGCAGACCCUGAGGCACCCCUGGCUGUGCUGUGUGAGCUGCUCCGUGUCCUCAGGGCAGUGCAGGUGCACGGGUGCUCAACUUGCUGCCCUUGUUUAAUCCAAACACUGAAUGUAGAGAUCAUUGUGCCAAGACACUCCUGAAAUCUGAAAUCAGAUUUUCCGGAAAUCUGCUCUUGCUGUGGGCUCAGCUCCCUGGGUUCCCUUCCCAGUGCUUCCCAUCCCUCUGAGCCCCUGGGAGACAGCAGGGCUCAAAGGGAUCCCAGCUGGGCAGGUGGUGCCAGGUGAGCUCUCCUCUGUCAGGUACAGCUCCAAUGGCAGCCUUGGAUGGCAGGAGCCAGUUUUAAAAUUCAGCAGGAAAAUUAAACCCCUUCCAGCCCACCUCUUUCCAUAGUGGAAGAAAAACACUGGGAGAGAUUCUGAGUUGGAGUCACAAUUUACUGAAGAAAUCGCAAUAAUCACGAUGAUAUUAAUAAAAGAUUGUACAAAAAGAG